UUCAUCAUCCCCAACAUUCAUUCUAGCUCAAAUAUUUUCAUUAUUCUUUAUAGAGAUCACAAGCACGCGAUCAAUGAAGGCCCUUGCUUGUCUCCUGGUGCUGGCCUUUGUCAUCGACCUCUCCCACGCCCAGGACUCGCCAAAAGACUACCUCAGCGCUCACAAUGCAGCCCGUGACGCGGUCGGGGUGGUCCCCAUGACUUGGAACUCCACCGUUGCAACCUACGCACGAGACUAUCUCAACCAGCAUAUUAGUGACUGCGAGAUGGUGCAUUCCAGUGGACCUUACGGCGAGAACCUUGCAUGGGGUAGUGCCGACCUUUCUGGGACGUAUGCCGUUAAAAUGUGGGUGGAUGAGAAGGCAGACUAUGACCACGACUCAAACAGUUGCGCCCCCAAUGCGGUCUGUGGGCAUUACACUCAGGUGGUGUGGCGUAACUCGGUUCGUCUGGGGUGCGCUAAGCCGCGUGUUUCUCUUCUUCUUCUUCUCCCCUGCACCGAACAAGAGCUCCAGCCACCACCAACGCCUCUUCCUCUUGAGAAAUCGAAUCCCAGAUCUGCUCUGCUCUGUCUUCACUGUCUGCUGCUCUUGUUUGUGGGGGCGAAAUUCUUUAAAAUUCUGAUUGCCGUCGGCCUUCCCCCAAACUGCAGCUCCGGUUUUCGCUGCUAAAUUCUGGUGCUGUUAUGGCUUAAAGCAAUGGGAUUGAGUUCUCGGUUUUAUGCGAGUAAGGUAGCAAAGUCAAGGACGGGGAAAAACGAGAGGACUGACGAGUUAGAAGGCUAGCCAUCUUGUAAAUUUGAUAUAGAUUUUAGAUAUAGAUCAUAAUCUUGUAAGUUAGAUUUUAAUUGGAGAUUUUAUAAAUUCAUUGAAUGGAUUGUUAGUUUACAAGAAAUUUGACCUUGAGAUUUUGAGCUUAAGUCAUGUUGGACA